AUGGUAAGUUAUAAUUUCAAUGCCAUUACCUGUGAGUCCUGUAAGGCCUUCUUCAGGAGAAAUGCCUUAAGAAAAAAGGAUUUCAAGUGUCCAUUUGACGGCAAUUGUCGCAUAGAUUUAGUCACCAGAAAGUUCUGCAAAAAAUGUCGACUCAAAAAGUGUUUGGAUUUGGGAAUGAAAAAAGAAUGGAUUCUGUCGGACGAAGAGAAAGUGAGUCUACGGAACAAAAUCGUGGAAAACCGUAAAAAACGGCAAACGGGCCAUAAAGUGGCCAAAAUGCCGGACUCGACCACAAGUACCUAUCAGUUCCCAAACGUUGUGCAACUCAUACAGAAUAGCUAUGAAGUGAACAGCGAGAGGACCUCUUCGUCCAGCGGUGGCGCCGGAGGAGGACUCGACGCCGACUACAAAACAAUCGCCGCCGAAGACAUGGAAAUGCAAUCAAUUAUUAAAUUCGGAACCAGUGAACUGAUCAGCACAUCCACCGCCACUCCCGUACCGAUGGUUGUCGAGCACAGGCCUACCUCUCAGUUGAACAAAUUGUACGCCGAGUCUACCCCUCAGUCCAGUCGGUCUUCGCUGACACCGCCGCCGAGCGGCAGCCCAUCGAUGGACAUCAAUACUGAUCCCGCGGUUGAUCCCAAAGACAACACGUGUGCCGCCAAUGACUACGAGACUCACUAUUCAGACGUAAAGCCGCGACACUUUGCCAUCGAAAUGAUCAAUAAUAGCAAUAAUAUUAACCACAAUAACGGCCACACGAAUCACUCGCCGGCGGCAGACAUUCAAUACGCCAACCAGUGCUCAGUGAUCACCGACGCGUCCAUCGAGACCAUCAAAAACAGUUGUAUCGAGAGUUUCGGUGGUCUAAUGAGCGGCAAAACUAACGGCAAUAACAAUAACAACAACACCAACACUACCGCAGAGGUCGGCGAAGACAACGGCGACAAAACUGUGGACAAUAAUCAUAGCAAACCGGAGAAGAUAUCGGACACCGUAUACCUAAAGGUGAUUGAGUUGGAGUUCGCCGCCAUUCCGUUCAAAGAGUUCACUGCGGAUCAGAUGAACCGAUUCGAGUCUUCACGGAUCGCUGAGUUGGCCACCGCUGUGGUGGACAUCAACCGCAAGAGUUACGGCCAGAACGCGGAGCAACCGCUGCGAAUCACACAGGAGUUGACCGAUUUCAACGACAUGACUAAAGUGUUGGCCGCGAAGUGCGAUCAGGCCAUACGGCGGCAGGUGAUCAUGUCUAAGAAGAUCCAGGCGUUUAAAGAGUUGUGCCAACACGACCAGAUCGGGCUCAUGAAGGCCGGCUGCUUCGAGAUACUGAUUAUGCGAUCUAUUAUGACCUACAAUCGGGAGCACGACUUUUGGUCACUAGCCAUGGACCAAGGUACUGCCGCUAUGGUUAAACUAGAGGUUUUCAAACAGUCCAAAACCAAAGGCAAUCUAUACGAAGCGCACAGGAAUUUCAUGCACGCCUUCGCCCAGGAAUGGGAAUCAGACGAAACCAUUUUGAAUUUGUUGACGGCUAUAAUACUGUUCACACCCGAGCGACCAAACAUUUUACAUAGAGAGCUCAUUAAGCUGGAACAGCAAACCUACAUGUAUUUACUUCAACGCUAUUUAUUGAACAAAUAUAAGGCUAAAUGUGUGGCGAAACUGAAAUUCUUGCGACUAAUGAGUAAAUUAGAGGAAUUGCAUACUUUGAAUGAAAAACACGUUAAGAUAUACCUGGAGGUCGACCCCCAAGAUGUCGGGCCACUACUUCUUGAGAUACUAGACCUCAACCCAUAUCAUACGAUGCAGAUUCUGUAAUAUUGCAUUACCAAUAUAGCAUCAUGGUGAUUUCCGUAUGAGAUGAAUUAAUUCACAAAUUUUAAUUAGUAGUUUGUUUGGAAAUUUUUACAUUAAUAGCGUUAAUCCGGUUAUAAAUAUAUAGAUAAU